GUGUUUGUCGAUCGAAACUGGUGAGCAAUGGAAGAAGAGAAUAAUAAGCGAUGGGAUGUAGCGUACACCAAGCACAUCAAUCAGAAGCUUAAAGUUUAUCAUGAAGGUUUCUUAGAUCUUCACAUUCCAACCAACAAGCUGAAACUAUACGAUGAGUCCGACAAGCUUCUAGAAUUCAGGAUGUUGAGAAAAGAUGAAGUCGUUAGCGAUGGCCAAACCCUCACUUUCGCUCCCUAUUCUGUUGACGUUGGCACUCUUCAGUCCCCUCCUCAUCUUAAUCCUUUAGAUACCAGAUGGAAGAGAAAUGAAGGCAGGUCUAUGAAUCGAAGUCUGAGCCCUUCGCAAAAGAUAAUCAGAGAAUUCAAGAAGACUGAAAUUCGAAAAUAUGUUGCUCAACAAACGGGUCCAACUGCAACAAUAUCUAGUUUCUCAGCUAAGUGCAUUAUUUCUAUCUGCCAGGAAAUAGAAAAAAACUCUCUUCAUUGUGGGGAGCAAAGGAAGAAUCGGUCCAAUUAUCUGCUCCUCGCUUCUUCAGAAGCACAGAUUGAGUUCUUGACUAUAUCUGUUUCAUUUGUUUAUCCUUUCUCAUGUGUUGAAAUAUGA